AUGACCAGGGGAAAUCAGCGUGAACUUGCUCGCCAGAAAAAUACCAAGCAGCAAAAUGAUAUGCAAAAGGGAAAGAGAAAUGAUGGUGGUUUAUCUGCUGCUGCCAGAAAGCAGAGGGAACCUACAAUACCCAGACACGAACAGAAAAAAAAAAAAAAAAAAAACGACUCUAAAGCCAAAAAGAAAACAACAAACCCUUCGGAGACAACCCUAAGCUAUUUGUGUCAUUAG